GUUCACAGUCAGGCGCUGGACGGUGAAGAUGGCGGCGGAGCUCCCCGUGUGCGCCACCGCUCGGGGGAGAUGACGACGAAACGUCCGAGAACUUACUUUACCGUCGCGGUGUUGGCAGCGUGCACAUAGGACGCGUGUCGGGGACACACCCGAGGACUUAUCGACUCGGUAGAAGUCAGAAUCCACGUAGUUUCGGGAGAGGGAGGAGGCUGCGUCGUGCGUUGACCAUGGAGGACAUCAACUCGAACAUCAACGCGGACCUGGAGGUGAGGAAGCUCCAGGACCUCGUCAAGAAACUCGAGCAGCAAAACGAACAGCUCCGCAGCCGCUCCGCCCUGCUGCCUGCGUCCGGGGCCAGACCUCUCAGUGCCGGAUACGACACGCCGCUGUCGGCGGGGGCAGCGGCGGGUCUCGCCGCGUUGGCCGGGGUGGGGUUCGCCUCGACGAGGGGCUACGGGGGGCUUCUGGAGAACUCUCGCUGUGCGAGCCCCAGGCGCUCGUACCACGGGGGCUGUGGCGUGAGCUACGCCGGCGAGGACGCUUCUCCCGCCACGGCGCACACCGGCGUGCCCUCGUAUUACCGCGACACUGUGGGUUUUCCCGAGGACGGCGACACUUCGGUGUUGGACGAGGUGGAGAUCCUCGAUCUUGAAGAUAUGGACUGUCUGAACGAGGAUGAAGACAGCUGGUUGUAUGAGGCGAAGCUGAACAGCCCCCUCCAGAAGGCCCUCAGCCCUGUGGUGUGGUGCAGACAUGCGCUGGAUAACCCCAGCCCUGACAUGGAGUCUGCUAAACGCUCCCUCCUCCACAGACUCGACCUCACCAUGUCAGCAAAUAAGCGGCGGAGUCUAUAUGGCAGCAGCUACACCUCUCAGGUGGGCUACGGAAGCCCCUACAGUCCAAACGCAGCAGGCAGUCCGUACAGCAGUGGCUUCAACUCGCCUUCGUCCACGCCCUGCAGAGUGCCCAUCGUCAGGCAACUCGUACUGCCUGGGAGUGCAGGCUACCAGCGGGGUCCGGCGGACAGGAACCCCCCAGCAGUGAGCCCCCAGUCGUCAGUGGACAGUGAACUGAGCACAUCUGAGAUGGACGAAGACUCUGUGGGCUCCUCCACCACCUACAAGCUCAACGAUGUCACCGAUGUGCAGAUCCUCGCACGCAUGCAGGAGGAGAGUCUGCGGCAGGACUACGCUGCCACAGCGUCCCGUCGCAGCUCGGGCUCGUCCUGCCAGUCCCUGAGACGAGGCACGCUCAGCGACCAGGAGCUCGACGCCCAGAGCCUGGAGGACGAAGAGGAGGCGGUGCUCCAGCAGGCUCCGCCCUUCGGCCAGCACGGGCCGGGAAUGGCCCGCUUCAGCCCCUCGCCCCGCCCAUCGCCCCGCCCCUCGCCCCGCCAUUCGCCUCGCUCGCGGUCGCCUGCCCGCUCACUGGAGUAUGCCAGGGCCCCGCCCCAGCCUCCAGUCAUAAGCCGUCUGCAGCAACCCCGCCUUUCGCUGCAGGGCCACGCCCACGAGCCCCAUGCCAACGCCAUCAAGAACGAAGAGAAACUCCGGCGCAGUCUUCCCAACCUGACGCGCUCCAGCUCGGGCUCAACCGCUGAACCCGUGAAGAACAGCCGCAGCUGCGAGUCCAACCUGCAAGUGCCAAAUGGCUCUCCUCAACAUCAGAGUCAGUCAGCUACAGCGACGCACCAAAGGCUCCCCGGGCCGACGAGGGCCUCUCCGAAGCCCAAAGAGCAGCUGCAGAACCCCACAUCUCUACGAGUUCAUCUUUCGUGUUGCUUUGGAGACGAGGGAGACUUCAUCCCCUCCAGCAGUAAGUUGCGGACUCCAGUCACCCCUUCGCCCUUGGCUCUACGGCAGCCUGUCAAGGUCGUGUCUAAUCCUGGUUCAGGAACUGCCACGCCCACCCGCACCCUGGCCCCACCCCGCAGUGGUCUGCCCCGCCCCAGCGGUACUGCUGGCGGGGGUUUACCUGUGCCUCGCAGCAAACUGGCACAGCCGGUGCGCAGGUCUCUGCCAGCUCCACGCACCUAUGGCGGCAUCAGAGAUGAGAGCUGGCGAGAGGGCUGCUACUGAGCAUGCCCAGAAGCCUGCAAAGAUGGACAGUCCUACCUGGCACUUUACCAACCGACAAUUUUAAAACAAACACGCACGCAAGAGAGCCACUCAGCCUCCCCGUUCAGCAGCAGUGUGAAGAGAAGCUCAUCUCAGUGGGACAGUUACAUGGCUGGCCGGAGAUCAGAGAAUGCCAAAGAAACCAACUGAGAGCUACCCUGUCUGCCACCAGAGGGCGCCCUCACCAACCAAACAGAGUCUAGAGCGCUCAGAACCUCUGCUCCCUGCUUGACUGUUUGUUCCAACACCCUGUGCUCACUGUACUGCUCCACUCUACCGCACCCUGAUAAACGAGACCCGUGUCUUUUCAUUGCGUGCUUUUUUUUUCCCUCGGUAACAGGCCUCUUGCAAUCCUGUGACCGAGGAAUACUGGUCUAUAAUGGCUGUCCAUAAUGUUUCACUUGAACACUUCUUAAAAAACAAACAGAAACUGUCUAAAUGGUGGCACAGCGUUGGACAGAAUGUCUUUUCAUGUCUGUGACAAUUAUUUAUUUAGGAAUUAUUAUUUAAAAAUGCUUUUCUCCCAAUAUUUAGUUUGUUGGUUUGUUUAUGGCUUUUUUUUAGUUUGGGAUGUUGACGUCAAACCUCAACUAGCUAUGUUUCCAAAGCAUUUUUUGAUGGCUUCAUAAAUGAGACUGGAUAUCUCUGAGAAGAUUUUAUUUUAUCACUGUGUUUCAUUUAAGAACUCUUGAGAUGCAAUUCAGGGUCUAUCGAGAGAUUUCAUCACUUUCCCAACGUUAACGUUCAGAGGCUCACUCAUCCAGUCACGUCACGUUGAUGCGCCCUUUUCUAAAUUGUAUCUAUAUCGUGUUCCUUUAUUGGGAGUUAAACUAUGGUAGACCAUUAGAUGUUGAACUGUAAUCGUUGAAUUUGGUAAUGUUUACUUGUGCAUACUGAAAAUUCUGGUGAGCAUCUAGUGUGUGUGUGUGUGUGUGUGGGUGUGUGUGUGUGUGGGUGUGUGUGUGUGUGGGUGUGUG